AAAAAGGAGACAAUUGCGCCGCCCUUGAACGCACCACACAAGCCCAGCCCCCCUCCCUCUUAUGGAACUUCUUGAGUGCCGUAAAAAGAAAAAAAACAAGUACAGGGCGACGCCGAGCGCGCAUAUUUCUUCCUAGCCGGAUUGAUCUCCGCUUUCAAAAUGUGGCUCUCCCACGGACGCGUUCAGGUGUCGUCACUCAGCCACCGGUUGUUGCGCGCGGUGCAGGGCCGGAGGAGGAAGAGCCACGCCGCGGCGUUCAUGCCAGAGGCGGCGGGCUUCGAGGGCGUGCGGGACCGCGCGGGGCUGCAGCACUUCUCCGUGGCUCACGCGGAGAGCUUCUGGUCCCGCGUGGCGCGUCACCGGCUGGAGUGGAUGAGCCCCUUCCACACCGUGCUGGACUGCGACCUGGAGCGCGGGAAAGUGAGGUGGUUCGAGGGCGGGAAGCUCAACGUGUCCGUCAACUGCCUGGACCGCCACGCGCAGACUUGCCCGCAGAAGGUCGCCCUCAUUUGGGAGCGUGAUGAACCAGGGUCAGAGGUCAAGGUCACCUACAGGCAGUUACUGGAGAUGACCUGCCGCGCCGGCAACCUGUUGAGGCGGCGUGGCGUGAAAAAGGGCGAUGCGGUCACCAUCUACAUGCCCCCCUGCCCGCUGGCCGUGGCGUCCAUGUUGGCCUGCGCCAGAAUAGGCGCCGUGCACAACGUGGUGUUUGCGGGCUUCAGUGCCCAGGCGCUGGCGGAGCGGAUCAGAGACGCCCGGUCCAGCACCGUCAUCACCGUCAACGAGGGUGUCCGAGGCGGCAAGAUCACCCAUCUGAAGAAGACGGUGGACGCGGCGGUGCAGAGCUGCCCGACCGUGCGGCAGGUGCUUGUCGCCAUGAGGACGGACACGCCGGUCGCCAUGACGACGAAGGAUGUCGCCAUGGAGGAGGAGAUGAAGAUGGAGGACGGCGUGUGUGAGCCGGAGGCCAUGGACAGCGAGGACGUGCUGUUCUUGCUUUACACGUCUGGCAGCACGGGGAAGCCCAAAGGACUCGUGCACACUCAGGCCGGAUACCUGCUGUACACCUCACUUACACACAAGUAUGUCUUUGACUACAAUGAUGGCGACGUAUUUGGCUGUGUCGCCGACAUUGGUUGGAUCACAGGUCACAGUUACAGCGUGUACGGACCCCUGGCCAACGGUGGGACCACCGUGCUGUUUGAGAGCACGCCAGUUUACCCCGACCCAGGAAGGUACUGGGAGAUGGUGGAGAGGCUUAAAAUCAACCAGUUCUACGGCGCCCCGACAGCCAUUCGCCUGCUACUCAAGUAUGGCGACCAGUGGGUGCACAAGUACGACCGCUCCAGCCUCAGAACACUCGGAUCCGUGGGCGAACCCAUCAACACUGAGGCGUGGGAGUGGUACCACACUGUGGUGGGAGAGGGACGCUGUCCUGUAGUGGACACCUGGUGGCAAACAGAGACGGGCGGCAUCUGCAUCGCGCCAAGACCGUCGGAGCAGGACGCCGAGAUUGUCCCAGGAAUGGCCAUGAGACCUUUUUUUGGCAUUAAACCAGCGAUCAUGGACAGUGAGGGCAAAGUGCUGACCUCCAAUGAGGCUUCAGGAGCACUAUGUAUCUCUCAGCCUUGGCCCGGCAUGGCCAGAAGCAUCUAUAACGACCACCAGAGGUUCAUAGACACCUACUUCAAGACCUACCCUGGUCACUUCUUCACUGGCGAUGGCGCCCAUCGCUCCAAGCAGGGCUACUACCAGAUCACCGGUCGCCUCGACGAUGUCAUCAACGUGAGCGGUCACAGGAUUGGCACGGCCGAAAUUGAAGAUGUUGUGAACCAAUGUCCUGCAGUAGCUGAGUCAGCGGUCAUCGGCUGCUCACAUCACAUCAAAGGACAAGGAGUCUACGCAUUUGUGGUCCUAAAGCAAGACGUCCAAGAUGUGGACUUGACGUCAAAGAUCAACCACACGGUCUCGAACAAGAUCGCCAAGUACGCCUGCCCUGACCAUAUCCAGUUUGUCCAGCGUCUCCCGAAGACACGUUCGGGAAAGAUAAUGCGGCGUGUGCUGCGUAAAGUGGUGGAGUGUGACCUCAGCGGGCUUGGUGACCUCAGCACGCUGGACGACCCUGCAGUUGUUCAGGAGAUCAUCCAAGGUCACAGUGACCUUCGUGCUAAACAACCAUGAUGACAUCCAAACUAUCAAAAAUUUUUUUAAAAAGGACUUACACCGAAUUAAUUGAUAAGAUAUCAGUCUUAUAUGUACAUCCCACAAUCGGUAAAGUCACUGCUUAGCUCUAUCGCAUUUAAAUUAGUACAGACCUCCCACAAGGUCAAACUUCAAGUAAAAAAAUGUACAAUAAUUAAAGUGAGAAAAAAAGUAAAACUUCCUCAAUCUACACCAGGAGUGUCAAACUGGUUUUCAUUGAGGGCUACAUCGCAGUUAUGGUUGCCCUCAGAGGGCCGCGUUUAAUAAAUAAAUAAAUAAAUGGGUUAUACUUGUAUAGCGCUUUUCUACCUUCAAGGUACUCAAAGCGCUUUGACAGUAUUUCCACAUUCACCCAUUCACACACACAUUCACACACUGAUGGCGGGAGCUGCCAUGCAAGGUGCUAACCAGCAGCCAUCAGGAGCAAGGGUGAAGUGUCUUGCCCAAGGACACAACGGACGUGACUAGGAAGGUAGAAGGUGGGGAUUGAACCCCAGUAACCAGCAACCCUCCGAUUGCUGGCACGGCCACUCUACCAACUUCGCCAUGCCGCCCCUUUAAUAGUGCUUUAUCACAAUAUUCUAAUUUUCUGAGACAGUCCUGUGACUGUCUCAGAAAAUUUAAAUAUUGUGAUAAAG